AUGGCGUUCAUCAAGGACCUCCUCCAUCGCGUGGCCGGCGCGAGCUCCAGCUCCUCUCACAAGGGCCCCGCAACCACCCCAGAGUUCCUUGCAGAGCGACAGAAAUGGCAGGAAACACGCACCCAGGGUCGUGUAGACGAAAUCCUUGCCGACUUCACCAAAUACCUCCAGAAUGGCACACCCAGCUGGGGUCCUGCAUUCAACGAGAAGGAAAUUGAAACUUUACAGAAAACUUUCGCAGCUCACGCCAAGUCAGAGAAAUCCUGGGAUCAGCAAUCACUAGAGUCCUACCUCCUCACUCAAAUCCCUGAGGGAGAUGAGACCCUUCUCAAAAACUCUAUCCCCGCGCUUUGGGAUUUGACUGUCUACUUUGCUCAAUGGCCUUUCAACACCGCAUCCAGCGGUCCAACAACCAGCCUAACACAGCCUGGCUUGGUCCGCGCCGUCGCCUUCCUCAGCGGCAGACAUUACAGGCUGUUCAAGUCAUGGAAGAACAGCGACAUGGAAUUCAACCGCAAGACUGAUCAGCCAGUUCUGGAAUACAUCUUCCGGGCUUUGGCCGAUGCCCAGCCAGCGGGGCAGCAAUCUGGCGCAUCAUCUGAUCGCGAUGUGCUUGAUAUCUUGAGCGUGACCCAGCCAGCCUUGAGUGAGUCUACAAAAACUCUUACUCGCGAACAAUUGACUCCCACGGCUACUCGCUUGGCUCCCCCUCCUGCUCCAGAGCUUUCGAGCCUUGCUAUCCCCACUCAGAAGCUAGUUCAGCUCCUUGACUUGAGCAUCGCGGUUCUCCAGCAAGCUGCCAAGUUUGACACCAGUAGCCGUCCCCAAUUGAUCAAGAAAGAUCUGGAAGCUGCCAAGGUGGAGAUUCAGAAGGGGGACAAGGUGACAUUUGAUACCUACUCAAAGCUGCUGGACAAGGAAGAGUGGGCGGAGAAGAACAACAAUGUCGAUACCAUCUAUGAUGCCAUUGCUGUUCUGUUCAACACUUUCACGAACCCCCAGAGCUUGAAGACUGGCGAGACGGUUAACUGGUCUUCGGGAAAGAAGGAGAAGCUGUAUCUUGGAUCGCUGCGAAGUCUGGGGCUCACUCACAAUUAG